AUGCUGAGGCUGCUCCUGCUGGGGGUGGUGGCGGCGGCGGUGGCGGUGGCGGGGGAGGGCGGUGUGCAGGUGACCCUCAGCGGCGGGGUUUUCAAGGGGGAGACGCUGGAGGCGGGCGGCGAGCGGAAAGUGUUCUCCUUCAGAGGGAUUCCGUUCGCCAAGCCUCCCGUCGGCGCCCUCAGGUUCAAGGACCCGGUGCCUUCAGAGCCGUGGGAGGGCGUCAAGGAGAGCGUCGCGCCGCCCCAGUGUCCUCAGUUCGACUUCGAGGGUCUGAUAGGGGGCGGGGAGAUGAAGGUGGUGGGCGAGGAGGACUGCCUCUACCUGCACGUCUACACUCCACAGCUAUGUGGGGACGAGCCUCUUCCCGUGAUGGUCUUCCUCCACGGCGGCGGCUUCUUCAUGGGGGACCCUGACUUGGCUGGAGGCUCCCCGCUGCCGCUGCUGACGAAGGACGUGGUGCUGGUGGCGCCGCAGUACCGUUUGGGGACGCUUGGCUUCCUCUACACCGGGGACGAUGUGAUUCCCGGCAACAUGGGGCUCAAGGAUCAGACACUGGCGCUCCGCUGGGUGCAGGAGAACAUCAGGAGCUUCGGCGGCGACCCAGAGCGUGUGACGAUCUACGGCGAGAGUGCCGGGGGCGCCUCCGUCCACUUCCAGAUGCUGACGCCCAAAGCUGAAGGACUCUUCCACCGCGCCAUCAUGCACUCGGGCACCGCAUUGAACCCCUGGGCAGUCCGUCUGGAUGACCCCAAGCGCGUGGCAGCAGGUGUGGGCCGCCAGCUGGAGUGCGCAGGUGUGGAGGUGGACGGUCAGCUGGACAGCGUGGCGCUCCUCAACUGUCUCCAGAACGUGCCUGCAAGCGACCUCGUGACGACAUCUCAGCAAGGCGAGACUUGGAACAACUUCCCUCUCCACAUGGUGCCGCGCGUGGACGGUGACUACCUGCCCGACCACCCCGCCAACCUGGUGCGGGAGGGGCGAUACAACAAGGUGGACGUCAUCUCGGGGGUGUGCCGGGACGAGGGGGCCUACAUCGGGAUGGGCGCCCUCACAACGCCGGUGGGGGAGCAGCUGUUGUCAGAGUUCGAGAGGUUCGCCGCCUACUCGGUGGGUACGGACCAGGACGAGGAGCCCUACCUCCUGGCGCGAAGGAUCUUUUUCCACUACCUGGGCGCCGGGAACCUCACCUUGACGCAGAGCAACAUUGACCGCUGGAUUGAGAUGUUCGGGGACGUAUUCUUCAAUAUGCCUCACGACCUCGCCUCGCAGUUCCACGCCCGUGACGCUGAUUACGGCCACGGAGUCUACAUGUACCAGCUGGACCACCGCGGCCAGAACAGCUUCACGGAACAGGCGAUAAGAACGAACAUGACGAUUGACUUCAAGUGUACGUGA